AUGGAAAAUGACCCCAACAAGAAAGAAUCUAAGGGUAAGAGAAUACUGAAGAAGGCCUUGCGCAGAUCGAGCAAGUCCAGCAACAACAGCCAAGGCUCCGCUACGGACAGCGUCGCCGUCACGCGAUCGAAAAGUGAAAAUAAACGGCUCUCGAUCGAGAUCAACGAUAGCGCGCCGCUGCCCACGCCCGACGGGACCAAGCGGGCAACCGACGCUAAUAGCGCGGGUUCAAAGCUCAAGGCGGAAAAUAGAACUAGGCCGUCCAAGCUGUCCGUCGAUCGCAACGGCGCACCCCGGGACUCGAAGCUGGAGAAGGUCGUCGAGAUACAGGAGGAACGAAACGUCUCGUAUCCCCCAGACGAGACCGGCACCUCCGCAGAUGCCAAAGCGAAGGCCUCUCCGCGAGUCGAGGACCGUCGACCGCUGGAAUCGGACAAGAAGAGCCUAAAGAGGAAGUUGGAGGAGGAGAGCGGCGCCGGAACGAGCGGCGCAAGUACGGGCGCGUCCGACACUGACGCCGACGACAAGGAUCCCAGCAAGGACAAAAAGAAAAAGAACAGAUGCGCCGUCUGCCGCAAGAAGGUCGGACUCACAGGGUUCGAGUGCCGCUGCGGUGGGCUAUUCUGCGCGGUGCACCGAUACAGCGACAAGCACGAGUGCUCCUUCGACUACCGGGAGUUGGGCGCGCAAGAGAUCCGCCGCAACAACCCCGUCGUCGUAUCGCAGAAGAUACACAAGAUAUGA